AGCAGCCAGCCCACGUUUGCACCCCUCCUGAAGCUGCAGCCAGAGCUGGGUCCCCGUUCCAUGGGCUGCCAGCGCUUCCACGAUGCUGCUGGCCACGUGCAUCGUUUUCGCCUCCGCAGUGCUCAGAGCCCGGUUGCUGCAGUGUCCCACCCGGCAGUUCCAGUUUGUGAACAUCGGGGACAAGGCAAAGAUCUGCUGCAAUUAUGCAGAGAAAGCUGAACUCCCUGGGUACUUCGCUAGUUGGCACAAGAGAAAAGAGGACGCGGUUCCCCUCCUAGUCUACAGUUGCCCUGAGAUCAAGACUGUGAGCAGAUAUGUUUGCAGAGGAGAAGGACAAAUGUUGAUCCUGGAAAUCAAAGACGCCCAAGUGACUGAUUCAGGCCAAUAUCUGUGCGCGAUGAGAGAUCGUGGCAUCUAUCUUGGCUCUUCGCUGAUCGUUGGGGACAGCUACACGCCGAGCACCCGGGUGACGCUUCUGCAGCCCCCCGCUGGAGAGCCCCCCGCCCUGCUCCGGCGGCACAGCCCCCUUGCCUGCCUGGUCCAGGGGGUCUCCAACUUGGUCCAAGUCUCCUGGCAUACCCCUGAAGGUCCCCAGCGGGGCAGCCGGACCCUCCUGGUGAAAAACAGCAGCGGCUCCUUGACCUUCCUCAAGCUCCUGCACGUCCCCGCCAAUGCGCACCUCAGCGGGGGGAGCGUCGCCUGCGAGGUCCGCUUCAAUGCUUCUGGGAGCAGUGUGAAGAAGAGCGGCUGGCUCCCUGCCGGUGAGUGA